GUAAGAACCAUGGGUUCCAUGAGCUAUGCACAUAUGUCCAAGUUGAGUUAGGCCCGUUGGUACCUAUCACGUGAUCACUCCGCGCGAAAAAGUUUCUUCCUCGUCCUCCGUUUGAUCUGUUGACAUCUAUCCUCUAUACCACCUACAACCCCCUCAACAGACACCAAUUGGGCUAACCUGAAUUGAUGCAAGCCCAUUGUGACCUGAUACCCUCUUUGUUACUUAGAUAGUGUUGUCUUAUACCCCGUUCACCAUGCCACCACGAGUACAGAAUCAGCUCGUGACCAACUCUCUCCUACCCUACCUCUCUUCCUUCACCUCUACCUCCACAAUCUCCAAGAUCCCUACCCAAUGUUCUUCCUCAUCAAUUCCAUCCACAUCUCGGCGGACGUGCCGUCCCUUCUCUUCGACCGUGGCCUCUCAAACGAGACUUCGCAAUGAGAUGUUCACUUGGCUGAACGGUGAAGGCGCCGCUCUGAAGAACUACAUUCCCGGGUCAACCAACUAUCUCACACAAAUCAAGGAGAGAGAUGAACAACCUACCGGACGGACCCGCCCGUUCCCAUUAAACCAGAACUUUGUCAGCGAGUCUAUCUUGAGUGAAGAGCUGAGGCACGAGAUAUACGACCGCGUCGUAAAUCAGAAGAAGAGUGUCAGAGCUGUCAGUGUAGAUCUGGGAGUCGACAUGCGGAGAGUCGGUGCUGUUGUGAGGUUAGUUGAGUUAGAAAAGCGUCAGAAACAACAGGGUAAAUCACUAGCCUUGCCAUACGCUCGGGCCAUCCAUGAAAUGGUACCCACAACACCCCUAUACGAAGACACCCGCGACAACCGUAACCGCCCUCACGAGUCAAUUAACGAUCUUCCCGUCCACAAACUGACUGACCCUCAAAUCUUCUACCCUGUCUCCGAAUCCCGCCAAUUCAACCGUGUCGACGCUGGUCGUGUCUUCUCCGCCGCCCCAGCUCUCGAAAACAAGCAAGUCACCAACGACACUGCCGACCCGGCAGAAGCGAUCAGCCGCAUAACGCAAACCCCCUCCAAUAUUGAGAAGGUUGGAAAAGGCGAGGCUGAACAGCAAGUCCUCCAGCCCGCGGACGCCCGUAUUCCGCACCCCCACCUUGUCGCGCACGAGCGCUUCCGUCAGUCUAAGCCAACAGAAUACCGCGAGAUCUUCAAGGCAUAUAACGAACGUCUUCGUCAGGAGGAAACCGCAGAGAAGGAGCGCAAGCGCCUUGCCAAGGAGCGCCAGGAGCAGCAACAAAUGAAGGUCCAGCCCGAGUCUUCGCGCUUUGAGUUCCGCUUCAAGGACGUCGUCGUCAGCAAGGAAACAACCGGGUCAGACGGUCGUGGCUCCAAGGCCCCGGGUCUCAGAUAUGGUGUCCCCAGCUAUGAGCGGAAGAAGGGCCAAGUCAAGAUCCCCACACGCGUGGAGGUUUAAGGUCCGGAUUAUCCCCGCUAGUUGGGAUGUCAUUCCGGUCUGUGUCUCUAUAUCAAUACCUCUUAUCUUUCUUACGCUUUUGUAUUUCUAUACUCCUCUGUACAGAUAUGGAUGUGAUGGGUCAGCGUUCGCUUGUACUUAUAACUGAAUUGAAUUGACGUCGUAAAGACUAGAUACUGAUCAAAUUCCCUACAUUAUCUUUUUCUUGGUUAGAGCCUCGUACGAUGUCGCAACGUAGACAGUAAUAAUUAUCGUCAGAAAACUGAUAAGGUACUGGUCGGUGCAGUUUUGUGAACAGUGCUAGCAAAACAAUCUCAGGUGAUUCAAGUUUACCCCUUUGGCGGAUCACGAACACUAAUGCCUACAUUGCCCUACCAGGAUACUACACAUCUUAUCGAAUGAAACAACUGAACAUGUGAAAUCUCGAUCGUAUGCUUGAGCAAGCCCCUGGAGGUGGAUAUAUAAAUAUGAAAAUAACCUGUAAAACACCACGAAAGAUGAAGAAGCCGCCCACCCCCCAAUUAAAUCAGCGAACAACAGUGCUAUAAUCGAAUCAACAGGGGCU